UAACAAUAGGAUGCGGUAAUCUAAAUAUAUAAAUUAUAUCAAAUUUUGAGUUACAGAUUUUGUAAACCCAGAUAAUGCUACAAAAUUCAUUCGAGUAAUAAUGCUGAUCCCCUUGAAGCAACGUCUGCCUGCCGGAAACGAGGCCAGCAAUACUGUGACUCUCCUGAAGCGACAUAUAGUGGAAGAUGGAACAAAAACACAGGCGCUGUUGCUUCAAGCGUUCCGGUUUGAACUUUACAGUGCCAUGCAGUCAGUUCACGGAGUCCAGCGGCAUCCGCGACCGGCAAGUAACAGACGCCGUGGGAGUCGCCGUCGCCAGUUCCAUUUCUAAAGCCAAAGAGAAACACCACAAGUCCUGGAGUCCCAUUUUAUCGUUUUUCGGAAGGAAGAAGAGUAAGAAGAUGGACCCGCUAAGGGGCAGUCCACUGGAAAUGGAGGAACAGGAUGUCCGAAAGCUGAUACGCCUUUACCGCAAGCACGAUAAUUUGUACAACCCGAAGAACUCGUACUAUGGGAAUAAGGAGAUCGACGAAGAUUGCUAUAACGCCAUGGUUCCAUCAUUCCCCGGGCAAACAAGCACAGGACUCAGGAGCCGGGUUGAGGAGUUGCGCAGCCUGUUCGAACGAGAGUAUACGAUCAUGGAGAGUGCCCAUCGGAAGUACGGCGAAAUAAUGACUCCCUCGAUUCGAUAUUACAACGAAUUCCUAUUUCUGGUCCCGUAUCUGUGCAUUAACUUUGAUAAGGAAUGGUCUCAGAGUUCGAGCCAAGUCACUAACCCCAACAGUAAGCUUUCCGUUAAGGACAUUCAGAAUCGAGUGGUCAACAACAUGGCCAGUAUGACAGGAUGCCCAUUGACACCUUUUCCCAAUCAUGUCUCGUACAUUUGCAAAAAGGGGAAAAAAAAGAAAACAAAAGAUAAGGAUAAGGAUAAGGAUAAAGAUGAAUCCCUAAAUGCGGACGAGGACUCUGAAACCAGAACGCAUACAUCCGUAACCUUUGCUUCCUCCCCAGAUCUAUGCCCUUGUGAUGUGGAGAGCCAGUCUGAAAAGGAUGCACCUCCCAAAACUAAUAAUGAAAAGUCCAAAAUGUCUGUCCAGUCCUCGUAUUACUCCAACGAGUUGGACUUAAAGACUACGGAUCUAACUUGCGCCAGACGACCGGAUAACUCACCAUGUUUGCCCGAAUGUCGUGUAGUUAUUGCUGAACCACCUCCUCCCUGUACAAAGAUACCCAACCCUGCAGCUGUUCCCGAGGGAACAGAGGGUCGAUCGAGUUCUACUGGUGCAGCAUCAAUUCGUCGGUGUUCACAGCCAAAUGGCCCUGUUCCCCCAAUUCCACCGAGUUGUUUAGCUCAGAACGUGAACAAUCAGCAGGUUCUGAGUUCCACAACUCCGACCGGUAAUGGCCAGCAGGUGCAGAUGCUCUGCGAAAUGAUACGCAUGGAACUGACAACGGCGCCAGACUUCAUUUACUUUGAUGCCAAGUGGCGGAUUAUUGAGAUUCUGAGGGAGGUGCACAAGAGGCAGUUGGUCCUCAAGAAGGCAACGCCCCUGAAUCAGGCCCAGAAGAUUUCCUGCUUGAAUGAAAACUAUCUACUUGGGCAGAAGCCGGGCAAACGUCCACCCUGUAAGGUCGAAAAGGGAGGCUGUCCCUACUGCAUGCGGAAUGCGAACUGA